AAUUAGCAAAAGCGGCUUGUGUACAGCUUUGCGAUUCUAUGGUGGGAUCCUGCCAACAUUUGACUUGCCGUCAACAGAUCCGGUACCGCAGUUUCUUACGUGCGGGUCUGUCACGAGGACGACAUCUUUUUUCUCAUUGAACUAUUGUGUCGGUUUUUGUAUAAUAGCAAAGUCUAUCAAAAGUGGAUCGAAAGAGAUGCAUCCUAUCGGCUACAUCACGAUCUUGUUUGCGCUUGUCUUUUCUGCAAUUUCCGUCCUCGGAUUUCCGGACGGUGCACCGGUGGACGCUUGCGUGAAACCACGACCUAAUCAACCCUACCACGGUGAAGCGCGAUCGCAACCGCCAAACACGAGCCCUUAUAAAAUACUGGCCACGUCGUCACAGUAUGAACCGAAUUCUCAAAUUACGGUCACCAUAACGGGUGCCUCAUUCAAGGGGUUCUUCUUGCAAGCGCGUGAUUCCAAUACGAACAAAUGGAUCGGAUCCUGGACGCAAACGCCUAACGCGAAAACGCAUGCCGAGUGUAGCGCGGUGACGCACGCGGAUCCACACGAAAAGGAGCAGGCCACCUUUAUCUGGAAUGCGCCGAAUGCACGCGGCAACGUUUACUUCACUGGAACUGUACUAAAGGACUAUGCAACGUUCUGGUCUGACCUCGUCUCGCAGGUAGUGUGAUAAUAAUUUAUCAGCAUGCUAUCAACAUUUUUAGACGUCGACAAAGUGCUUCUGCCAAAGGACAAAUUUCUGCUUUUAUAAAAUGGUUCUAAAAUUGUCUGUCGUUUAUUUCGAUAUGUCUGCAACAUGUUGAGCAAUAUGUAUAUUUUAUGUUGGUCUUGUAUUUUUGUAUAUCGUUGCGGAAAUAUGAAUUAUUCAGAGAGUUUUAAGCAAUAAAAACUUGUUAAAAAUGAA